AUGUGGGUUCAUUCGGACAUUCCCAAAGACAUUAUUAUCGAGAUCCUCUCAAGGCUCCCAGUCAGAUCUUUACUCCAAUUUCGGUGUGUAUGCAAGUCAUGGUGCGCUUUAAUCUCCAAUCCUCAUUUCGUUACGAAGCACCUCAGCCACGCUGUACUCACAUGCAUGAACAACAGAACCUUCACCCUCUUUUUCUCAUCCACGCGUAUCCACUCCAUUGUCCACGUCGCAUUGACUGAUCAGCAGAGUGAUUCUCAUGUUCGUGUUACAGGUAAAGAGCUUGAUUUUCCAGUGAGGAUCCCGGAUAUUGUUCUUACACGAAUUGUGGGUUCCUGCAACGGCUUGAUAUGUCUACAAGUAAACUGCAACAAAAUUAUCAUAUGGAAUCCUUGUACUGGGCAGUCCAAGGUAUUACCAAAACCUCUUUAUUCCGGUUCGCUGAUUUAUGGAUUCGGGUAUGAUUCCACCACGGAUGAUUACAAGGUAAUCCGAGGAUCGUCUAAAACAACACUUGGUUCUAAAGAAGUCACGAUUCAAGUUUUCUCACUCAAAUCCGAUUCAUGGAGGAGGAGUGCUGAUGAUGAUCACGGCAAUUAUAUUCACUUGAAAGGGAAGGGUUGCUUCUUAAACGGAGCUCUACAUUGGGUAGAAGUUAGUAUGGUUGCUUCGCGAAUUUUGUCUUUCGAUUUAGCAGAGGAGAAAUUUAAGGAGAUGUUGCCGUUGCCCUACCUUGGCAACAAUAACUAUGUCUUUGUGGGAGUUGGUGUUGGUAAAAAUUGUCUAUUUGUGUAUUCAUACUCGAUGGAGACGGAUCUUCGGAUAUGGGUGAUGAAGGAGUACGGAGUCGCAAAAUCUUGGACUAAAGUCCUGAAAAUUUCUUUGGAUCGGAUCCUACCUGACGAGCGCAACGAAUCUUUCAAGCCUCUGUGCAUUUUAGAGAAUGAUGAAGUUUUGUUGGACUACAAGCGAAACAUAUUGGCGUUGUAUAAUCCGAAGGGAAAGACGUUUAGAAACAUUGCUGUCGGGACUCAGUCGGAAGUCGCGGUUUACAUGGAAACGUUAGUCUCGCCGGUAACCGGCAGGGGAACGGACAUCUGA